GAGACUAGUUUUGGUCCAUAGAGUCUCCCUGAGAGAGAAAAAAGAAAGAAAAUGGCUGAAUCUGCUAACUCGAUCCACAACAGUGGGCAGAAGUUGGCCGGAAAAGUUGCCAUAAUCACCGGCGGAGCGAGCGGCAUCGGAGAAGAGACGGCGCGUGUGUUUGCGGACCAUGGUGCGCGAAUGGUGGUCAUCGCAGACAUCCAAGAUGACCUGGGCAACCAAGUUGCAGCAUCCAUCGGCUCUCACAGGUGCAGCUAUGUCCAUUGUGACGUUACAGACGAAGAGCAAGUGAAAAACCUCGUGGAUGCGACGGUCAACGCCUACGGGCAGUUGGACGUGAUGUUCAGCAACGCCGGUAUCCUCAGUCCCUCCGACCAGACAAUCCUCGACCUCGACCUGUCGCAGUUCGACCGCCUCUUCGCCGUCAACGCGCGGGGCAUGGCGGCCUGCGUCAAGCACGCGGCGCGCUCCAUGGCGGCGCUGGGCGUGAGGGGGAGCAUCGUGUGCACGGGGAGCGUGUCGGCGUCGCGAGGCGCGCCGCAGCGCACGGACUACGUGAUGUCGAAGCACGCCGUGAAGGGGCUGGUGCGGUGCGCGAGCGCGCAGCUUGGGGCGCACGGUAUUAGGGUGAACUGCGUCUCACCGAGUGGGUUGGCCACGCCCCUCACACGUGCCGCGCUUGCCUCCAUGGAGACCCCGGAGGAGGUGCAACAACACUAUGCGCAGAGCUCCAGGCUGAAAGGUGUCGUUUUGACCCCUAAAUUUGUGGCCGAUGCGGUGCUGUUCCUUGCGUCCAGUGACUCUCAGUUUGUGACCGGACACGAUCUUGUCGUCGACGGUUGUUUCGCCCGUGCCUGAUCUAUUACUAUCAAUCUUCGUUGUUUGUCUUUCUUAUCGGUCUUCUUAUUUUUUCUUUAAGUCUUUAAUCAAAUUUUUAUGAAUUUCUCAAUGUGAUUUAAGAUUUUAGAAGGACUUAAUUUAAAAUUUUA